UUCUCUGCUGUCAGUGAACAGACUCACCUGUCUCUUCUUCUUCUCUGGUGAUAUUUAACCGUCAGCAUGUGUCGUCGCCCGUCUCUCUCUGCGGCGAUGUUGUCGGUGACACGUUCAUGGUAAAGUUCCUCUCUCGUGGCCGUGGCGGCGAGCGUGGGCAGCGCGACCUGCUGCGGCAGGUGAAGCGGCGGUGGCAUGCGACCGACGGGGAGAAAGAGAAAGAGAAGGACGAGGGAAAAGGAGGAGGAAGAGGAGUGAGGAUGAGAACGACGGCACGAUUCAGGCUCCAGGUGCCUCGUUUGGCUCUCAGUCGCCGUCUGAGCGUGCUCAGUGGCAGUGUGUCUCGACCCACCCCUUGGCGCCGUCGGCCAAUCGCCUUCCUCUGCUAUGUCCUGUCAGUCAGCACUCUGCGGCCGUUGGCCAAACGGGUGGCGUUGUACCGCUCCUUCCCGACUCGCCUCCUCUCUCGGGCCUGGGGUCGUCUGAACGGCGUGGAGCUCCCCACCUGGCUCCGGAAGCCCAUCUACUCCCUCUACAUCUGGACCUUCGGGGUCAACAUGCAGGAAGCAGCCGUGGAGGAUUUACAUCACUACAGGAAUCUGGGUGAAUUUUUCCGUCGACGUCUCAAACCUGCAGUCCGACCGCUCUGCGCCUCCUCCUGUCUGAUCUCUCCGGCUGAUGGGAAGAUCCUCCACUUUGGUCAAGUGAAGAACUCGGAGGUGGAGCAGGUGAAGGGGGUCACCUACAGUCUGGAGAACUUCCUGGGUCCACAGAAGAGACGGGGCAAUGAGUCCUCGUCGUCCUUCAGAGACCUCCUCCUGACGUCUCCUGAUAACGACCUGUUCCACGUGGUGGUCUACCUGGCUCCAGGUGACUACCACUGUUUCCAUUCGCCCACAGACUGGAGGGUGGAGCUCCGACGUCACUUCCCAGGCUCGUUAAUGUCCGUUAACCCCGGCGUGGCUCGAUUGGUCAAAGAGCUCUUCUGCCUUAACGAGCGCGUGGCGCUCACCGGCCAAUGGCAGCACGGCUUCUUCUCGUUAACGGCGGUUGGAGCCACAAACGUCGGCUCCAUCAGGGUUUACUUCGACCAGGAGCUUCAGACCAACGCUCCUCGCUACAGUAAAGGCUCCUUCCAGGACCGCAGCUACGUUGUCGUCGACGACCAGGUGGUGAAGGCGGCUGGUGAAGGGGGCGUGGCCUGUGUAGAGGGAGAGGGCGUGGUCUUGGAGAAGGGCGCGGCGGUGGGGGAGUUUAACCUCGGCUCCACCAUCGUUCUGCUGUUCGAAGCUCCGAAAGACUUCAGCUUCAACCUGCAGCCGGGACAGCGAAUCAGAGUGGGGGAGGGGCUCGGCAGCCUCUGAUUGGCCGAGCUGCAUCCUGGAGGGAGGGGCCUGAUGAUGAGGGACUGCCGGCGGCCACUGAUGAAAGACAGAGUUUAAGGCAUUGUGGGUAAUUUUCUCAAACAAAGAAGCAUUGGAGGACAUAAAGAGGACUCAAACUCCCAGAAUGCCUUGUGCCUCAUGGAGGUUUAAAUGCCAAACCUUUGUCUCUUUUUUUUUCUGUUGUCUCGUCAAAUAUUCCUUUAAAAUCACCAGAAACAUUCACGUCAUAUUUAACAAACUAGUUAUUAUUAAUUAUUAAUUCUGUUAAAGUGAAAAAAAAGUUCCUCCGUCCACUGAAACAGUUUGAAUGUUUAAAGCUUUAUUAACUUGUUGUUGUUGAAAGGUUGUUUUUGAACCAAUCAGAGCUGUCGGAGCCAUUAGCAUCAGCUCGCUGAUUGGUUGAAACCCAGCAGGUCGCCUGUGAUUGGUUGAAACCCAGCAGGACGCCUGUGAUUGGUUGAAACCCAGCAGGACGCCUGUGAUUGGCCAAAAAGAAGCAAUGAUGUUCUACUUUUGUAAAAUAUGUAAUUAUUAAUAAAUAUGUCUUUCUCA